CAGCACAGUUUGGAUCCUAGAUGAUAUAGGACAGAAGAAAAGGAAGUAUUCUUGACUUGCAUUCUGGUCUUGGGAGUGUGGGUCUCUCUCUGAGUAAGUGGAGGGAAAGUAGGACAAACCUGCAGUUCCAGGAGAAUGGAAAAAAUGCUACAGGUAUUGGUGCUUGUGAAGGCUUUCGUCAGCUGCAGUGCCCUCCUGGAUCUGUCUGGCCUCCACCAGAUCAAUGGGACAUGGAAGGGAUCCACCACUUUACCUUGUACCUAUGUGCCUUCAGAAGGUUUCACGCAGCAAACGCUCAUCUGGAGCAUGGAGCGAGACUAUAGCACCUCCACCAUCUUUCGGAGAGAUAACUCUGGUGACCAUGUCUUGUUGUCUCAGUUCAGAGACCGUGUCACUGUCCCAAAGAACAGCUCAGGGGAUGUCACACUUCAAAUCAAGAACCUUGAAAUCCCUGAUAGUGGACGCUAUACCUGUCAAGUCAUCUGGAGUUCUGAAAAUAACAGCUUGGUAACAAAGGAGGUGACCACUACAGUUAAAGUUGUCAAAGUUGCAGUGACUAAGCCCAUCAUCAGGGCUGGUGAGCUGGGACUGAUAGUCCCAGCAGGAGCCAGGACCAGCUUGACCUGCGUGGCCAGCGGAUCCCCACCCAUCAGCUACCGCUGGUUCCUCGGAGAGCCGGGAGGAAAAGCUCAGCAUCUGAGCAGUCAGGCUGAACUCACAUUUGAGAGUCUGCAACCCUCCGACUCAGGGAAAUACUACUGUGAAGCAGAGAACAGGGUUGGGAGAGGUGUUCCCCAGCAGAGUGAUGCUGUAGAGCUGAUGGUGAGAGAUCUGCCCAGAACAACAGUGGUUUUUGACAGUGAUGUGGGAACCUCAGAGAGAUACCACACAACCACAGAUCUGCCCGCAGCAACGGCAGCCUCCGGGAACGAUGCUGUUUCAGCAAGGCCUCCCAUUGCCGCAGGGCUGCAGCGGGACAGCCUGCCACUGUACCUCAUCAUCCUGGUGGCCGGGCUCUGCGUGGCCACGCUCGUCUCCAUCGCUGUGGCCAUCGCGUGCCGAGGGAAGCCGAGGGACGGUGAGCAGAGCAACAUGCAGAACCCCUCUAUGAAGUUGCAUUGUGAGCACAAUUUUUCAUCUGUGAUGUUGAGAAGACUUUGAGGGAUUCAGUACUGGCAUCUGUUUCAGAAAAACCUCUUUUCUCACUGAAUAAUCAAAGAUUUCCUUGACUCUCUGGGGGGAGGAUCUGAAAACUUUGACAGUGUAUUUGAUUAGCAGCAUGAGGAUAUUAACAUUUAAAUGCAGAAGAUAGUAAGAGAGGGUCUAUCUUUUAAUACAUUUGAAUGAGAGGAAGAUAUUUUGGGUCCCUCGCUCUGUCUUGCAGAUGCCAUAGGAAAGCUGUUCUCUGUAGUAAGCUUCCAACAUUAUUUCACAAAGCAGAGAAUACAAAUUCUCAUUUCUUCCCUCAAGAUAAGUUCCUCACUUAAGAAACAUACCCCAGUGGUUAUCCAAAUAUGUUAUUUCAUGCAAUUCCUGUUUGCUUCUACCUAUAAGAACGUAUUUCCCGCCCCAUCUUAACCUUACCCUCUCGU